CCAAAUCGAUGGCCACAAUGCUUGCACUGCAUCCCAUCCCAGAAAGGUUGAACGUCUUGAUGUCUUCCCUCAUCUUGUACCUGUUGACAACCCUGGAGGUCAGAGAAGGUUCAGGGGAAAACAGGGCGACGUUGACCACCAAGAUGUCGAUGUCAGUUGGGGAGAUUCCGGUCUUGGCGAAGAGGGCGUCUAAGGUGUCGAAGGCGAUGUCAUCAAACUCCGAGAGGGAGUCCGCGAGGAGUGGAGUGGCUUCCCUGCCUUCCAGGACGUUUCUUGGGCCGUAAGUUUCUUCACCAAGGCCAGAGCUGACUAUUGUCUGGAGGAGGAACCUGUAUUCUUGCAGCCCAAGGUUCUUGUUCCUCAUCACGAUCUUGGCACAGGUUUCGGUGUCGAGCUUCCUGUCUUCGGUGCCCUUGUAGCACUCGUAGUGCAGCAUGUAGCAGCAUGAGUUUGCUCUGCUCUGGAAUAUGAGUUUGUGGAGGUGGAAAGUGAUGUAGGAGAAGAGGAGGAGGAGAAAGAUCAUCAUGGCUCUGGCUUAGGCAAAGGAAAUGGAUGUCUAUGUGAUUUCUCACAACUUCCUUCCUCUGUUUUGCA